ACCAUUCUCAGAGCUAAACAGAAAACUCAAAGUUUUCUGCUUUUAAUGGUGGAAUCAAACCCUCUCUCUGUGUAGACAUUGAAAACGUCGAAAUCCUGAAUCCAUGUGAGAGACACCCUUUUUGUUGUUGUUGUUGAUGAUUUUGAGAUGAAUCGUGCACUGCUUCCGAAGCACGUUGCGGCGGUGGUGAAAGCCCAAAAGGACCCUCUGAAAGCGCUGGAAAUGUUCAACUCGGCGAAAAAGGAGUCUGGCUUCAAGCACACGCUGCUAACGUACAAGUGCAUGGUGCAGAAGCUGGGCCAUCACGGCGAGUUCGAGGAGAUGGAGAAGGUGCUUUCGGAAAUGAGAGAGUACGUCAACAACGCGCUUCUGGAAGGCGCGUACAUCGAGGCCAUGAAAAACUAUGGUAGGAAGGGGAAGGUUCAGGAAGCAGUGGACACCUUCGAACGCAUGGACUUCUACAACUGCGACCCCUCCGUUCACUCCUACAACGCCAUCAUGAACAUUCUGGUGGAGUACGGUUACCAUGACCAAGCCCACAAAGUGUACAUGAGGAUGAGAGACAGAGGGGUGGAAUCUGAUGUGUACACCUACACCGUAAGGAUCAAGUCCUUUUGCAGAACUUCCAGGCCUCACGCUGCUCUCAGACUCCUUCGAAACAUGCCUGAACUUGGGUGUGAUUUCAAUGCUGUCGCCUAUUGCACUGUCGUUGCUGGGCUGUAUGAUUCUGGUGACCAUGCUCAUGCGCGUGUUCUGUUUGAUGAAAUGCUUGCGAGGUGUUUGUGCCCCGAUGUUGUCACGUUUAAUAAGCUUUUGCAUGUCCUUUGCAAAAAAGGUCUUGUUUCUGAAAGUGAGAAGCUUCUCGGCAAGGCUUUGAAGAGGGGGGUUUGUCCCAAUUUGUUCACAUUUAAUAUUUUUGUUCAAGGGCUUUGUAGGGAAGGGGCUCUUGACCGUGCUGUUAGGUUGUUGGAUAGUGUGCUGAGGGAGGGAUUGAGUCUUGAUGUCGUCACUUAUAAUAUAUUGAUAUGUGGUCUGUGUAGGAAUUCGUGGGUUGUGGAGGCAGAGGAUUACUUGCGGAAAAUGGUGAAUAAUGGAUUUGAGCCUGAUGCUUUUACCUAUAAUAGUAUUAUUGAUGGGUAUUGCAAGAAGGGGAUGGUGCAAUGUGCAAAUAGGGUACUGAAGGAUGCAAUUUUUAGGGGUUUUAAACCUGAUGAGUUUACUUAUUGUUCCCUAAUUAAUGGGUUUUGCCGGGACGGUGACCCUGAUCAAGCCAUGGCAGUCUUUAAGGAUGGACUGGGAAAAGGUUUGAGGCCGAGCAUUGUUGUUUACAAUACCUUGAUUAAAGGGUUGUCUCAGCAGGGUCUUAUUUUGCCCGCUUUGCAAUUGAUGAAUGAGAUGUCGGAAAAUGGUUGUCAGCCCAAUAUAUGGACUUAUAAUUUAGUUAUAAAUGGCUUGUGCAAGAUGGGUUGUAUGUCUGAUGCUAAUCAUCUUGUAGAUGAUGCUAUUGCCAAAGGGUGCCUCCCGGACAUAUUUACCUAUAAUACUUUGAUUGAUGGCUAUUGUAAACAGAUGAAGUUAGACAUUGCAACUGAGGUAGUAAAUAGAAUGUGGAGUCUGGGCAUGACUCCCGAUGUUAUUACAUACAACACUUUGCUGAAUGGGCUUUGCAAGGCUGCAAAAUCUGAAGAAGUAAUGGAGAUUUUCAAGGCUAUGGAGGAGAAGGGAUGUGCUCCAAAUAUAGUCACGUAUAACAUUAUUGUAGAGAGCCUUUGUAAAGCUAAGAAAGUAAGUGAAGCUGUAGAUUUGCUUGGGGAAAUGAAAAGCAAGGGUUUGAAACCUGAUGUUGUUAGUUUUGGCACAUUGAUCACUGGGUUCUGCAAAAUUGGGGAUCUGGAUGGUGCUUACCGGUUAUUUAGAAGGAUGGAAAAACAAUAUGAUGUUUGCCAUACAACCGCAACACAUAACAUCAUAAUCAGUGCAUUUUCUGAACAACUCAACAUGAUUAUGGCCAUGAAGCUCUUCUCUAAGAUGAAGGGCAAUGGCUGUGACCCAGACAACUAUACCUAUCGGGUUGUCAUAGAUGGCUUUUGCAAAAUGGGAAAUAUUUCUCAAGGGUACAAUUUUCUUUUGGAAAAUAUUGAAAAGGGGUUUACACCAUCAUUGACAACAUUUGGACGGGUUUUAAAUUGUUUGUGUGCAAAGGACAAGGUUCCAGAAGCAGUUAGUAUCAUCCACUGUAUGUUACAAAAGGGCAUCAUUCCAAAUUCUGUAAAUACAAUUUUUGAAGCUGAUAAAAAGGUGGUAGCGGCGCCUAAGAUUCUUGUAGAAGAUUUGUUGAAAAAGGGUCACAUAACUUAUCACACUUACGAACUACUUCAUGAUGGUAUUAGAGAUAGAAAGAUACCCAAGAAAAGACUUCCAACUGCGAAUUCUCUUCAUCGAGGGGCCAGGUGACCAGCUUUUGAUAGAAGAUAAUAUCUUUUGAAAGUGAUCAUUCAUGACUCUGCCCAUGGAUAAUAUCUUUGGAAAGUAAUCAUUCAUGACCCUAUGCUCAGUUCUAACUUGCAAAUGUAUUUGGAGCUUCCAGUAGAUGCCUACUAUCAUGAUACUGAAUUUCACAAUGCUAACCUACCAGACAUGAGUCUUCAAGCCAUAGUUUACAUUCAGAAGUGCAUUUGAAGAAUGAGGGGUAAUGAUGCUCAUCCACAUACUCAAGUCCUCGACAAACAAUGGAGAAAGAUAGCUGCUAAUUUUCGCAGCAUUGUCUUUUGAUUUGUAACAUGGAAAUACAAGUCAUGCUUGAAUAUCUAAAGGCUAACUUUUAGUGUGCUAAUGUAGUACAUGAGUAAAUAUACAAGCAAACAUGCAUGUAUUAUGGUAAACAAGUGUUUGUCAAAACUGUUUAUGGUUGGUUUUUCUGUUUACCUGUUAAUGAUUUUUAAGUUUUGGGUGAGUAAGGUUUAGUUGUGUUUCUAUAUACGUGUGGUUAUUCUGUUUGCCUGCUUGUUUGUGUUGUUGGAGUUCGGAUCGUGGUAUGUUCUUUUCAUUGGUAUAUAUGCAGUGGAUUUAAUGUGUUGAUUACUGAUGUGCCACUUGUAGACUAGACUAUUGACUUGUGUGAAAUGAUUUACUUCAUGUCUAUUCAUAGUAGAUGAUUUUUAGGAGAGAAAAAAAUGUUUGAAUACCGAACCUUGGCAUGCAUGUGCUGGCCCUCUGGUUUUUCUACCUCCUGUUGGCAGUCGUUUAGUAGUCUACUUUUCCCAAGGUCACAAUGAGCAGGUUAGUAAUUCUGCUUGUAUCUGCAAGUUGGGUUUUAUUGAACAAUCCUUAAUUUUGUAGCAUUUUGAGGAUAUUUGGGGAAGCUGCAAUGCUCAUGAAAGUCACAAGUACAAAAAUUAGAACCUCAUUUAGUGUUUUAGUCAUUCAGCCUGGAAGGAGACAGGAUGGGCGUGAAGGAAAAAACAAAUAUGUUUCACUAAUCUUUUGAUUUAGGCUUUCUGUUAUUGUUGCUGGUACCACCUUAGUGAUGUGGUAUUGCUUGAGUUUGAAGUGAGCAUAGGCGCAUUUUGUUAAAUUUUAAAUAGAAAUUGACAUUGUGGUUUCAGUGCUAGAAAAUCUGAACCUUGGUCAGCCUGAUAAUCAUGGUAUGAAUCUCUUGUAUACUUGUUAUGCUAAAAGUUAGAGUGACAAACAGACAGAACUCUUUGGCGUAUCAUCAUGAUUAAUUUUAGUUUAUAUUUUUUCCCCUGAGGAGGAGGAGAUUCCAGCCUAAUGGCUGUCUUUUCUAAACUAUUGUUGCAUCUAAAUUUUCCAAAUAACUGAUUGCUUCUCGUGUAUUUAAUUUAUAUUUGUUUUUUAAUCAUUUGACAAAUGUAGAUACUGAUU